AUGGCUCCUGGUCACGUCAGAAAGACACAAGGGCUGACUCAGACCCGGUCCUCCAGCCAAAGUAUUUGCACGCUGCUGUCCUUCUCUGGCUCGCUGGUCAGCAGACAGGGUGUCACUGGACCUUUAAGGAGUGUGCAGAGCAUGGGCCGGUGUGGGAGGCGCAGCCGGCACAAAGCUGGGGUUUGGGUCCCGGAGGCGGGACGUAGCCAGGGGACAGUCCCGCUCAAGCGGGAGUCCACCGACUCAACCCCGCAGCCAAGCCCAGCCAUUCUUCCUGCCCCUGUGAGUGCCCACUGGGGAGAAAGGACCCGGGCCCAUGCCACUGGCGGUGUCUCUGCCAACGCUGCUGCUGGCUGUGAGCAACUGAAGAAAAGGGACUGCCCCCGUGGGCUGGGUCUGGGCUCGCCCUCAGGUGUAGCUGCCAGCAACUCAUCAAGGUCACCCUGUAGCUGCUCCCCCGUCUGUGGCUCCAGCAGCCUCUCUCCCAGAAAAGAAAGGACCCGUGUUCUAAAGAGGGUAGCCCGACUGACAGAACUGAAGCUGGAGACGGAGAUCCUGGACAGGGCAGGGGGCUGCCUUGACCUCACACGGCACACUGUGCCCCGAGGGGCUGCUGCCGCACACCUGGGGACUCCAGGGGACCCCUCCCCAGCCCUGCAGGAGGGCUUGGGGGCCACCUCGCCGGGCGCCUGGAAACCGGAGAGUAGCAGCCAUGGGCCGGUGGCUGCCACGACCCGGCCCAAGCGUCUGCACUGGGAGACCACGGACCCCGGCCUCACCCCCUUGUCUGAGUCCGAGGCAGCCCUGGCCGGUACCCUCAGACGCGCCUCCUUGCGGAGUCUGGAGAGGCCCCCAGCGGCUCUAGGCCAGCACCUACGGACAGACAGCGGCCCCGAGUGGGGAGUGCGCCCCCCGCCCCAGGGACUGAGAGGGGCCUUUGCACACUGCACUGUGACGUCCGGUCUGCAUGCCGGCUGUGACCGCCUGAGGCCAGAGGAGCGUCCGCUCACGCCAAGGGCAAACCCUCAGCUCCACCUGCGAGCCCCGCUCUAG